AGUACCGAAUAACAUACACGCAGACAGAGACGCGUGAUCUUCGUAUCGCGCGGCACGCAUACAUAGAGCGACAUUGUCGCGGCGCUGGCUAGUGAGCGGCUAUCCUCGGCUCCUGCAGCAGCGGAGGUAUCCGCGUAGUAGUACCUACGCCGAGGACGCAUGUAGCAUCAGUGCGCGGACGUCGUUGUCAGCCGUAGCAGCAGCACUAACAAGUAACAGCAUCGCGAUCCCUCCUGGCGAGACGAGCGGCGGCACGACGACGAGGAGGCGGCCGCCCAGGGCUGCGAAGAGGACACGAGGAAGACGACGAGGAGGAGGAGGAGGAGGACGAGUCGGAUCUAACCUAAAAUGCGAACCGCCGACCUGAUCCUCCUGCUGCUCUGCUGCUGGCGGCUCGAGGUUGCGAUCGCCGGAGGCGGCGCCCUCGACUCCGGGCCCAGCUACAGCCAUCACCAGCAGACCGCCGGCGCGACGGCUCCCUCGCCCACGGCCAAGGUCGCCUCCUUUUCGGCCAGCCUCAGCGACGGCCUUGCCAAGGCUGUCGCCCACGAGAGCAGAGACCGGACUGCGGACUCCUGUAACGAUGACCUGGCAUGCAUUACCAUGGCUUCCAACGAUCGGCUGGGAUUGGAGGCUAUCAAGUCGCUGCACAGCCAGCUGGAUGAUGAUGCCAAUGGUAACAUAGAUCUGUCUGAGUCUGAUGAUUUUCUGAGGGAGGAGUUGCAAUAUGAGGCUGGAUACGAAAGGAGGCAGAGAGCAUUUCAUCACAACGAUGAUAUGCACAUCAGUGUCAGAGAACUAUGGGAUGCUUGGCUCAGAUCUGAGGUUCACAAUUGGACCAUAGAACAAACAUCAGAGUGGCUGAGUACUAAUGUAGAGCUUCCUCAGUAUGUUCCUACUUUUAUUCAACACAGAGUUACAGGAGCUACACUUCCUAGGCUGGCUGUGAACAAUAUGCAUUAUCUUGGUAAUGUCUUGGGAAUCAAAGAUCCGAUACACAAGCAAAAAAUUGCUCUAAAAGCAAUGGACGUUGUCUUAUUUGGGCCUCCAAAAGACACUGGACACAGUUUGAAAGAUUUAAUUUUGAUCACGCUGUUAUUUGGAGCACUUAUUGGAUGCUGGUACGCCUAUCAGCAAAAAAAGAGUUCUCAGAAAGAUCUGCACCGUAUGAUGAAAGACAUGGAGAGUCUUCACAAAGCAGAACUGGAACUAAAAAGUUUGCAGAAGGAAUUUGAAAUCGUUAAAAUGGAACAAGAAAGUGCCACUACGGAAAAACAGAAUUUGGAAAAACGUCUGAAAGACGAAAGUAUGGGAUUAAAUACAUCCUCUUCCGACCUCGAGGUCUCUCAGCUAAAGGCAGAAAUUGAAAUGUUGAAAAUGGAAUUGCAAAGAGCAGAAGGAGAACUAGAAGAUCGAUGUUAUUCUCCCCCUGUUGGUCUGCAACACUGGCUGCAAUUAACUCAUGAAAUAGAGAAUAAGUCUUACAUGAAGAAGAAACAGAGUGCUGAAAAGCAGCUCCAAAGUGCAAGAGAAGCUUGUGAAAAAUUGAGGAAGAAAAGAUCUAGCCUAGUCGGUGCCUUUGUGUCCACGCAUGGUAAAUCAAUUGAUGAAGUUGAUAAAAGUAUUGUAGAAGCCAGAACAGCAUUAAACGAAGUAACAGCCGAGUUACAAGAACGAGUACACCGCUGGAAAGCAAUUGAACUUCUCUGUGGCUUUAAUAUUAUAAAUAACAACGGGCUAUCUUAUUUGGAAAAUAUACUUUACAGAGGAGCGCCAAAUGGCAGGAGUCUUGGAUUUAGGGGACGCCUUAGUAGCCAAGAUGAUUUGGAUGAUGAUGUGAGCUCAUUAUAUACGCCGUCUGUCUCAGGUGCUGCAGACGACUUGAUGUUCGCAGGUCUGCCGGAAAGCCUGGGCUGGAAGGAGUCCUCGAUACCGCCGGACUCAUCGAGCAGCGAAACCGGGGGCAAGGACACGCCCCCGGAGGCGGUGCACUUUACUCUCGGUGACGGGCUCGAAGAGUCCAGCCCCACGUCGCCGGUCGCAGUCCCGGCACUGGCGCCGACCGCGGCAGCUCCGACAACGACAACGACGCCGAUGCCGCUGGUCCCGAGGCAGGACAGGCUGCUGGCGGCCUUCGACAAGAUCCCCGAGGACAAGGUCCUCGGCAGCAGCAGCAGCAGCACCAUGGUCCGCUCGGUCAGCCAGGACACGAACCUGAUCCUCGCCGACGAGAGGGCCGUCCCCGCGACCACGACCGCUUCUAAUACUACCUCAUCAUUCCUCACCAAGACGUCCUACUCGGAGAACUCGCUCGAGCAAGCCGCGAGCGGCUCCGUGGAGAAGCUCGGCAGGCUUAGCACCCUGAAGAAGUCGCUGAGAGACCUGCCGACGGUCAUGUCGCUCGACGAGGAGACCCUCUCGACGGACUCGAACUCGACGGCCGACAACGACGAUAUGAAGCGCCGACGCAGGAAGCUCCACUUCCCCGCGUUCCGCAAGAGCAAGAACAAGCCCUCGUGAUGCUGGCUCAAGCUCAAGCGGGAGGCCCGCAAGCUCGGGCGCUUCUGCUUACUCGCGAGGACACGAUUGUGACGACGCCGACGAUGAUUUCUUCUUGUUGUACAGCACACCACGAUGGAUAUCGUCGCGAAGCCGGAUCGACGAGGAGACGUGCGAGCAAACCGCUGAUGUGCAAUCGUUUUGCGGAGGGGAGGAGUAUAUACGUAGAGACUUAGUUUUGUUAUCAUUGUUGUUCUCAUUAUUCGAUAUGUAUUUGUGUCACGCGAAAUUUUACGCUUCGUUUUUCUGUUUAUUCUCCGUUGAUUUUGUUCUGUAAGCACGUGUACUUCAAUUUUUUUUUGUUUUUUUUUUUAUAAUAGACGAGUUUUUAUAAACGCUUUGGUUUCGUUAUUCGAGUACUUAAAAAACGGACGGACAGGUGGACAAUAGGGGAGGGAGUCGUCGAUCGGGCAGGGCGACCGGUUUUGUACACACAUUUUAAUAUUCGGAGCGCGUAUCACCGCGAAACGACAAUAUUUUUUCUGGACUAGCAAUGUAGCACAGCGAUCGACGAGGAGAGUUUCUAGCUUAAGAUCGUCCGCGCUUUUUGCGACGAAGUUAUUUGCGCGGCACACGACGUUUGUGCGAACGACUUACUUUUUGUAAUCCAUAGGGGUUUGAUACAUGCACUCGGGAAAGUUCAGCACAAACCGUAUACGCGCGCGAUUACGGAGACGAGGAAUGUAAUUGUUACAAUGGGCAUGACACGCGAAUAGGAAGAAAAUUUUUUUUAGAAAUUAUUAUGUACGUGUUUUUUAUAAGAGAAAACUACAUAAAAAAGACUCGAUAUAUACACGUAGUAACGAAGAAAUAUUAUAUCCAGAGACUGUGUAAAACAAUUGCUAUAGGUAAUUUGUACCUUUGGCAGGAAAAACGACUCGUUCGGAGAUGCAAAUUGUAAUAUUUAAUGUUUUCUUAGAGGGGAAACCAAAAGGAAAAGACUUUGGCGAGAAAAACGUUUGACCAAAAGUUUCCUGCACAAAUUAUUAUCGUUAGUAAUUAUGGAAGCACGAGCGAUCUUUUCGCGACGACAAAAGCUCUGGUAUUUAUUAGUGUUUUUGUUAUACGUGACUUUUUUUUAUGUAGCUUGGCGCUUUAAAAAUAUUCUCCUUCGCUAUUAUUUAUUUAUUUUUCUCUCGCUUUAAAUUUGUUUAUUUGCGCAAGUCACUUUUUCUGGCAUCAUUUUAUUUUAAGUUUUAAUCUCGAUCAGCCUUUGAUACAAGUGCUUCUAUAAAUAAACUUCUACUUCCGAUUCAACGCUUCUAAAAUAUAUUUUAACGUUUCUUUACGAAAAUAAUGAUUGCUAUGCGUAGACGAAAUUCAAAUUUAAACUCGAAACUACAAACAUCGACCUACCUUUCGACAUUUACAAAUAUUUUGUACCACUUAAGCUGAGAAUUUUUUCGCAAAGAGUUAUUACUCAACCUGUAGAUAGAUGCGUUAAAAUUAGUUAUUGUACAGCACUUAUUACUAUAAGGUUAUUCCUAGAUUAAUUUAUUAUCGUAACUGCAAUUAUUACUAUUAUGCUAUGUUUGCGAAGUAGGACAAUAAAUACUAUCGUUUGAACACCAGGCGAUGGAUCAAUUUUUCUUAUAAGCGAAUGAAAUAUGCAAUCUAAAAAAAUAUCGGAUCCGUCCAUAAAUAAUUUACUAAAAAUUGGAAACAAAAGUAGUCUUAUUCGGAAUUCAAUUUCUUCAUUUAUUAUUAGUAGUGCUGGACACGCAAACCUCCUUGGUUCGAGGGAAUAUCUCUAUACCAACUCAUCAUAAAACAAUACAAGUAAAUACGCAGUUCAGUGAACUGUUGCCAUAAAAAGGAUUGGAUAUGAAGUCGAAAAAAAAUGUAGUAGUAAUUUAUCGUUAAUUAAUACUUCCGAUAAACUUGCAAAAUAUCUAUACGUUAUAAAGUUAUUCGGUUGAUAGUCUAAUUCAUUCGUAACUUAAGGUGAUCCAAACUUUGUUGCUACACGAAACAAUUCAGCGUUAUAGCGAAUCUCGUUAACUUUUAUGUUUAUACGACAUAAAGCUCGUUAUAUGAUGUAAUUUCUAAAUGCUUCGGCAAAACCCAAAUGUAUGCCAAAGGACAGUUCAGCGUUGUACACGGACUCUAGCCCUACAUUUUGCACAUCGCGGACAAUGUAGUAUCGAAAAACAUGACGAACGAUGAAAGGUAAAAAUCAACCAGAACGGUUUUUUCUCAGGGUGUGUAUUUCUCGCUGUGCGUAGUUUUUACCCGCGGAUUUGGCAAUAACAGAUUAUAUCGAAAAUAGUAGAGAAUAUAUUGUUAUAUAUACACGUGUGUAAGCAUCUGGAUCCGCAGAAAAAAGUGAAAAAAAAAAUUAUACAAAUGUACCCGAUGCUUGCCUCUCUUUUUAUUAUUAGAUAUAUAUAUAUUAAUAUUACGAUCAAGGUAAAAUUUUAAUCGAAAAUACAUUGUAUUAUCGUAGUUAUUUUAUCCAUGCGAAGUGCAGAGAAUCUUAUUAUUUUUAAUCGAGCUAUUAUAACUGAUAGUAACACAAUAUAAUAUCCACGUGAUGAUUGAAAAGUAUUGAUUUUACUUAUUUCCUUCGUAAUCGCAGCUAUAAUUAUACUUAUAUCCAUGUAUACUUAAUACUAUUAGUGACAAAAAAAGGAAGAAAUUAAAUCAAAAUCUUCGAUCAUUAUACCGACCCUGUCAUUAAUAAUAUUAUAAUUCGCCAUUCGUAUGAAUCCGUACGUCCAUUUGAUUUCAGCUUCUCAGUGCGCGCGUCUUCCCUCGCGUAUACAUAUAUUGUAAUGAACGAGAAAAAAAAAAUAAUCGAAACAAAGAAAAGCAAAACAAAGUGGAACUUUUCCAGAAUAAACGAAUACGCAGUUGAA